AUGUCUUCCUUUGAUUUUCAUAUCCAGAUUCUCGGACUUGAAGACGAGUUUAAACAACUCGAAAUCAACGUUCACAAAUUAGAGCAAGAGCAACAGACCCGAAUAGGCGAGCUUGGAGCGGCAUAUAAAUCCCAAUUCGCAGGCAUCAGUGCUAAUCUAUUCCGUUUUAUCAAAUGCAUCUGUGAGGUUGAUUCCUUACUACUGGAACAAUACAGCAAUGUCGAGCCUGGAGAUAUUGCAGUCGAAGAAGAUAUAGAUACCUCUGAAGAUACUAUCGUAAGCUUGAAUAAAAUGGUGGGACAAUCAUUUCAACAGCUAGAGGUUAGAUUAGUCGAAGGUCGAGAGCAGUUGAUGAAAGAGCAGGAGAGGGCAGUCGAAGAAGGCACUACUCGAAUGAGUAUCUUAAGUAGCAAGAUAUCCAAUACUCGGUCAAACAUCGAACUUCAAAUCACUCAAACUGAAAACGAAAUAGAAGUUUCGGUCAGAGAAAAAGAAAAUGCAAUAAACAGGAAAACGCAACUAGAGAGCGACAUCGGUGAUAUGGAGAAAUUUCUACCCCGGCUUAGUCAAGAACGCGGAUCUAUGGUUGGAAGAAGUGUCGGUGGCGGCGUUAUUGCAGGUCUGGGCCUCGUGGUUGGAGCAGCAUUUCCAAUUCUGGCCAUGGGUAUGUGGGUGGCGGGCGGGGGCAUGGCUAUUACGAACGGAGUUAAUGCUUCAAGCUUAAGUGAUGAGAUAGACGCUACGAAGAGGAAUAUCCAGAACACGAUUGACUACAUAAAGCGUCUCGAGGGUGAAAUUGCAGAUUUGAUUGUUAAGGUUCCCAGUUUAAAGAUCGACCUAAAGCAGUUCGACAGUCUAAAGCCUAAAGUUAACCUUCUGGCUGAAAAGUCGGCGUUAUUGCAUGGAAGCGUUUACAAACAUGUGGAAAAGAUCGUAGCUGCUAAAGAAUCCAUAUCAAUUGGGGAGAGAAAAAUUCGAGAGCUGGGCGUGGAUAUGCAGGGUCUGGGGUAUGCGGCUACAAGAGGUGAUCUCUCUCAGAACCUAGAGACCAUAGUCAAAAAAUUUAGGGAAGGGAGAUCACAACUCGAAGAGAGACUUGACGCGUCUGAGAUGGCGGAGAUGUUAAUGAUGAUUGGAGAUAUUGAAUUGAAAACUGACGAGGUUCUUGCAAUCAUGGGUUCUAACUAA